UAAGAUUUGUAUUCCUUUUCAUAUUUCAAUUGUCACUCGUAGCAACAACACCAAAGUUUCCGUUUUGUUAAACAAUUCGAUUUUUGUAAACAUUAAUAUUCCAUUUAAAGAAUUUUAAAAUAAGAGUAAAACAAUGGACAUUAAGAGUAUUCCUAUCUGUAGAGUUUGUAUGCAAACGUCUCCAGAAUACGUUGAUUUCGAUAUGCCACUUCAAAACGAAAAUGAAGAAGACACCAGUAUUACAUAUUUGGAUUUUUUCUUUGAGUGCACACGCAUCGAGGUGGAACCUCAAGAAGGAGAAUCACAGUGUUUUUGUUUACCAUGUGGCGAUGAACUUCGUUCGUUUUAUAAAUUCAUUAAAAUUGCAGAAAUGUCGGAUCGUAUUUUGAAAUCAUCAAAACAAAACUCGUCGUUAAGUGGGAAAAGUUUCAAUACAAAUAAUUCAGAUUCAUACAAAAUUAAUAAAUUGGAACACAAGAAGAACGAGUCGUGUUUGCAUGUGGAAGAUUUUAAAUGUACUAAAAACAACACCGAAGAGAUAAUAAAAUGCAGUAAUGAAGAAACAAUACAUUAUCUGUUAAAGGAAACAAACGAACAGGAAAAGAAUACAAAACAUCGAUUAAUUAAGUUAAAGGUGGAACCUUUUAAGAAAACUGAAUUUAAAGCUAACGAUAGCUUGAAUAAUAAUUUGUGUACAGGUUUGGGCAAAAACCUUAGUGAAAAUGAAUCAAACUUACUUAAAAAUGGUCAUUUCACUGAAGUCAUCGAAACGAAAUUGAAAAGAAAAAAAUCAAAAAUAGGUCCAGCUGAAUGUAUUUUUUGUCAUGAGAUUUUAAGAAAUCAAAAACUUCUCGAUCGACAUCUUAUUGACGAGCAUCAAAGACGGACAAAGCCAUGUGAGAUAUGCGGUAAAAUGGUCAUACGCAUGCGAGACCAUCUUUUGAUUCAUGAACGUGAAAAACAUUGCAUCCAAAGACCCAAGAUAGAAUGUAAAAUUUGUUUUCGAAUGAUAUCAAAACAAACAAUAAGUCGACACAUUCGCCAAGUCCAUCAUCGAGAAAUAAGAAAACACAAAUGUUCGGAAUGCUCCCAGACUUUUGCUGAUGCGCACAAACUUAAGGUUCAUAUCCUUAAAGGUCACAAUUCUAGGAUGAAUAUAAAGUGUUUAUUAUGUGCCAGAAAAUUUGAAAAUGCAAUUUCUCUAAAUAACCAUUUAAGGGUACAUCCUUGCUUGGUUCGUGUUUCUAAAAAUUUGUAAGCUUGAUAGCAAACUCUGACAUGCACCAAAAAAGUUAUUUAAAUUAUUUUGUUUAAAUUAAUUUCUAAGUAAAAAAAGUAAAUUUAUGAUAAGAGACGAAAUAAAAAUGUAGAUGACCGAGAAUUUAAAAGUAACUAAAAUUGAAUGUUGAUUUUUACUUUUAUUGCAUAUUUGUAAAAUUGUGACGGGACUUAAAAUUAUACAGAUUAUAAAUAUCAUAUUUAAUCAAAAUUCAACAAUUUUACUUUAGUUUAAUAUUG